AUGACUAGCCAGCACCCUAGCCAUGCAGAAAGCACUUACUCCACAGACCCAAAGCCACCUGCUUUGGCGCCGAAGCUCCAUGUCCAUCGAUCCGAGUCAAAUGAGAACGUUACAAUCCACUUCUCAGUACUCGGGAAGGAAGAAGAAGAGGAAGAGGAAGAGCUUUACACAACAUCACUCUCCUCCACAUCUACCACACAGGAUGACUUAAAUAUUGUGACAGGCAUUGAGGCCAGUGAGGAGAUGUUUGAAGCACAGCAAUUGGAUCCUUCUGUUGAUGAGGCUCCCACAUCCCAAUCUACUAGACUUUCACCACGCUCUACUUCUCAUACAACUUCAUUGCCACAUCUCGCUGAGCAAAAAAGCACAAAUUCAAGUUCAUCACCCACAAAAUCUUUAAGCUUUCCGUCCACUGACAAGUCCUUUAUUACUUUAAUGAAGUCUUUUUCCUCUGAUGAGUCUAAAGAUGGAGUUUCUUCUAUUACUUCUAACACAACAAGACAUAGGCAAUUGAUGAAAUCUCUAGUUAAAUCCUUAUCAUCUGACACAUCUCAGGACUCCUCCACCUAUCGCCUAUCAGAGUCUCGCCUUAAUCUCCAACUAUUCAAACACUUCACUCAGUCCCGAAUGCAGAAUACUACUACGUCAGCAGCCAGUGAUUCAAAAACAACCCCUUCUUCACCAUUGAUCUCACCAGAUAACCGCAGCUUCUUCAAAGUUUCUGAGGUUGAAGCACGAAUUGAAGACACUAAACGUCGUCUCUCCGAGGCUAUCUACGAACCACUUCAACUACUAAGUAAGAUCAUGGAUGAAAAGAGCAGCAGUAGCCUCAGUCGACCAAAGACUCUGUCUGCCAGUGCGUCCGAACUCUAUAACCUGACUUCUGCUGAUGGCCAUCUUGAAAGUAACAACAACGACUGUAUCAAAGAGGAAGAAGGCAGUGAAUUGGAUGGAGAAAGCGCAAACAAUGGACCAACAGAUUUUCACGUGGCACCUUUUGACAUUAAGAGCACCAACAAAUCAUCCUCAUUUCCGAUAUCGUUGGACAAGUGCUCUAUGUCUGCACUCGCAAAACAGGAGGAUGAGGACUUUUGCAUUUUGUACAGUGAGGACUUUGAUUCUUGUACUGACACUGAUGUCGAUGUUGGUUCUGGAACUAGUAGGCAGUCUCAAGUGCCAUUGAGUGCAAGUACUGAACAUUGCAGUGAGGAUAAAGAUGAAGAUGCUGAGCCUCUGCCAAGUGUUCCUUACUAUGCCCUUUCUAUCCUUACUCUGCUGGUCUAUGGGUGUUUUAUAUUGCCUUUGCCAGACUAUGUCACAGGGAUGUUGCUUGGAGUGGCGUUUGGAUUCUAUGUAGCAAUAGGAAUUGUGUGGCUGGCUGGACCAGAACCUGACAGACGCUUCAGAUAUUCCAAAGACCAUGAAAAAUUGUGUAAUGGCACACGAUUAGACAUUAAAGAACCACAAAUCUUUAAGGGCUGGAUGAAUGAAAUAACUAACUAUGACCCAGAAACCUACCAUGCCACAUUGACACAUUCUGUGUUUGUCCGCUUGGAGGGCUCCAUCAUCCGUCUGUCUAAACCAAACCACAAUAUUGCCCGACGUGCCAUACACGGUGAACAGAAACCAGAUGUAACCUACAUCAGUCAGAAGAUCUAUGACCUAACAAACAGCAAAGUGCAUCUAGUGCCUCAGAGCCUGGCCCGGAAACGGAUAUGGAACAAAAAAUAUCCCAUCUGCAUUGAACUUGGCAAACAGGAUAAUUUCAUAUCUAAAGUGGAAAAUGACACAAAUGAGAACGGCGCAGAGGGGACAGGAGCCCAGGAGCCAGCUCGGUCAAUGUCAUCCAGUAGAGAUCUGACUCUCUAUCUAUUCGGAAGGACUGGGAGGGACAAGGAAGAAUGGUUUCAGAGGUUUAUUUCAGCUUCUAUGACUAAGGUGGAUUUAAAGAAAGCUGCAAGUCCUGCAAGCUCCAAAGGCGCUCUCAGCUCUGACAGUCGCAGUAGUAGCCGGAGUAGCUUGGAUGAUGCCCUGGCAUCACAGCCCAGGACAAAAGAUUUGCCAACAGCAGACAGUGCCAAAACCCAGCUGUUGGACUACAGUGUCUACAUGGCAUCAUUGUUGCCAAAACAGGUUGCCCUCCAUUCUCCAGAGAACAGCUCUGAGCUAUACUGUCCACAAAGCAGCCCAGCAGCGGAUAAAAAGCCUCAGAGCCCCACGUCAGCACAGGAGCAGCUUAUGGAGGAGUGGGAGGAUCAUGUUGCCUGGGUGAAUGCAGCUGUGGGCCGUCUCUUUUGGGAUUUUCUGAGGGAGCCAUACUGGGCCCAAGUUGUCUCCAAGAAGAUUCAAAUGAAACUUAGCAAAAUAAGGUUGCCAUACUUCAUGAAUGAGCUAACCUUGACAGAAUUAGACAUGGGUGUGUCCACACCGAGGAUCCUUCGAGCAUCCAGUCCUUUCAUCGAUUAUAAAGGUCUGUGGUUUGACUUGGACAUAUCCUACACUGGGUCCUUCCUGAUGACCCUGGAAACUAAGAUGAACCUGAUUCGUCUGGGCAAGGAAGGAGAAAGCCUCCGUUUAGGGGAAGAUGGAUUCAGACCCCGAACUUACUGCCUGGCUGACAGUGACGAGGAGUCUUCCAGUGCAGGCUCAUCAGAUGAAGAAGAUGCCUCUGAGCAGUCAAACGAAAUCCCUGGAGCAGAAGGAUAUACCUUUGUUGGAGGCCACAAACCCAACAAAAUAAUGCGCUUUGUCGACAAGAUCGCCAAAUCCAAAUACUUCCAGAAAGCCACGGAGACAGAGUUCAUCAAGAAAAAGAUGGAGGAAGUGUCCAACACACCUCUCCUUCUCACAGUUGAGGUGCAGAAACUCCAAGGAACUCUUGCUGUCAAUAUACCUCCCCCGCCCACUGACAGGAUUUGGUAUGGCUUUCGGAAGCCGCCUCACCUGGAACUGAAGGCACGACCAAAACUUGGAGAAAGAGAAGUCACUCUGGCUCAAGUCACUGACUGGAUCGAGAAAAAACUGGAGCAGGAGCUGCAGAAAAUUUUUGUAAUGCCGAACAUGGACGAUGUGUGGCUGACUCUCAUGCACUCAGCCAUGGACCAACGAACAGCUACUGGACUUUCGGGUUGUUCUGCAGUGUACAAAGUGCCAUCCCAUCCAGAGAGGGAAAGCACCAGCUAA